CAGGGGUGGGCCCAGUGGCGGAAGGAGCAUGGCGUGGAGACAGCUGAAAAAGCGGGCCCAGGAUGCUGCAAUCAUCCUGGGGGGUGGAGGACUUCUCUUUGCCUCCUAUCUGGCUGCCUCAGGGGAUGAACAUUUCUACACUGCUCACUUGAUGCCGGCACUGCAGCGGCUGCUGGACCCAGAGUCUGCCCACAGACUGGCUGUUCGCAUCACCUCCCUGGGCCUCAUUCCUCGUGCCACAUUUCAAGACUCAGACAUGCUGGAAGUGAGAGUUCUGGGCCAUACAUUCCGAAACCCAGUAGGAAUCGCUGCAGGAUUUGACAAGCAUGGUGAAGCUGUGGAUGGACUUUAUAAGAUGGGCUUUGGCUUUGUGGAGAUAGGAAGUGUGACCCCGAAACCUCAGGAAGGAAAUCCCAGGCCCAGGGUCUUCCGCCUCCCGGAGGACCAAGCUGUCAUCAACAGGUACGGGUUUAACAGCCACGGGCUGUCGGUGGUGGAACGCAGACUGCGGGCCAGGCAGCAGCAGCAGACGAGGCUCACAGAAGAUGGGCUGCCACUGGGAAUAAACCUGGGCAAGAAUAAGACUUCGGUGGAUGCUGCUGCAGACUACGUAGAAGGGGUUCGAGUCCUGGGCCCCUUGGCUGACUACCUGGUAGUGAACGUGUCCAGUCCCAACACAGCUGGGCUGCGGAGCCUUCAGGGGAAGGCCACACUGCGCCACCUGCUGACCAAGGUGCUACAGGAGAGAGACGCCUUGAAGGGAGAGCAUAGGCCGGCAGUGCUGGUGAAGAUUGCCCCUGACCUCACAGCCCAGGACAAGGAGGAUAUUGCCAGUGUGGUGAGAGAGUUGGGCGUCGAUGGAUUGAUUGUCACGAACACCACAGUGAGUCGGCCUGCCGGCCUCCAGGGUGCCCUGCGCUCCGAAAUGGGAGGGCUGAGUGGGAAACCCCUCCGGGAUUUAUCAACUCAGACCAUCCGGGAGAUGUAUGCGCUCACCCAAGGCAGAAUUCCCAUAAUUGGGGUUGGCGGUGUCAGCAGUGGGCAGGACGCGCUGGAGAAGAUCCAGGCAGGGGCUUCCCUGGUGCAGCUGUACACGGCCCUCACCUACCACGGACCGCCUGUGGUGGGCAGGGUGAAGCGAGAGCUGGAGGCUCUUUUGAAAGAGCAGGGGUUUAGCAGGGUCACAGAUGCUGUUGGAAUAGAUCAUCGGAGGUGAGGCUGUUGUCUGUUGGAAACUGGAUCUGGAACCUUCCUCUGAGCUCACAAGAGCCUUCGUGGUGGAACCUGAGAGAAGGGACUGUGUCUCGAGCUAUGUCCUCCAUAGUGUGUCUGGCCAGCUGUAAAAGCCAACCAUAAGGGUCGUCAGAGUCAACAGAAGGCUUUCUUCUAGCACUUGGCUGGGCCGUAAACUGCAUUUGUACUUCUUUCUAGAUUCAAACUCCAGGAUCUUCCAGUACUGCAAGGGCACUAAAUAUUUGGGAGAAAAAUUAUGGAAAAAAAUAAAGCUUUGUAAAACCUGGA